AUGGGGCUGGUAGCGUGCACUUCUGUUGGAUUGCUGUUGUUUUUAGCAGUUGGAUUGUCUGUGGAACAGUGGUCAGGGUUUCAACGAGGCCAGGAUCCUGUAAUAUUACAACAGGAACAGCAACAGCAGCAGAGACUUCUUCAAGAAGGCAACACACAAUCCAAGCAGCUGAUACAGGGUCCUGUGGCACCAUUGACUUGGCAGUAUCCCCUAAUGCCUGAAGAGCCCCUUCAGCCUGAAGUGCCCUUUGAGCUACGAACACCUAGUCCUUCUGUGAGCGUAGCAGCACGAUGUGAGGAGAAUUUUGUGCAGGUUGAGGUAAAGAAAGACUUCUAUGGCAACGGCCAGGUGGUAAACCCUGCCUUCCUCAGUUUGGGAGGCUGUGGAGCUGUAGGAGAAGAUCCUGAUGCUCAAAUUCUUAUGUUUGAAUCUGAGCUCCAGACUUGUGGCAGUUCUCUGACGAUGACUGCUGAUGCGCUUGUGUACACAUUUACUCUACGCUACGCCCCUGAGGCUGUAGGUGGAACACCCAUCUUAAGGGUAGAACCAGCUGCUGUUGCAAUUGAGUGUCAUUAUCCAAGGUUGCAUAAUGUCAGCAGCAAUGCGUUGAUUCCCGCUUGGGUUCCUUUUGCUGCAACAAGAGUUGGAGAAGAAGUUCUUGUCUUUUCUCUCAAGAUUAUGACUGAUGACUGGAUGUUUGAGAGGCCUGCCAAUCAGUACUUUCUGGGUCAGUUUAUGAACUUUGAAGCUUCCCUGAAACCGUACAACCAUGUUCCUUUGCGUGUUUUCAUUGAUGACUGUGUGGCUACUGCGGCCCCUGAUGUGAACUCUGUUCCAAGAUAUUCUUUUAUCGAGAAUUAUGGGUGCAUGGUUGAUGCAAAGCUUACAGGUUCACCUUCCCGUUUCAUGCGCCGAGUUCAGAAUGACAAACUGCAGUUUCAGUUGGAGGCAUUCAGGUUUCAACAGACUGGUAGUGGCUCUGUGUAUGUAACAUGUGCUUUGAAGGCUGUCAUUGCUUCAACUCCCUCUAAUCUGGAGAGCAAGGCUUGCUCCUUUGCCGACGGUUGGGCCUCUGCAGAUGAAAAUGAUCAGGUGUGCAUGUGCUGUGAUUCCACGUGUGGCUCCAGUAGGAAAGGGAGAUCUUUGUCUGAUUCAGCACGCUCUUUUGGCCAUUCCCCACCCAGCGGUGGCACACCGUCUGGAUCCUCCUCUGCGCAUUCGGCAACGGAUCGCAGAGCGGAUGAGAUGUCGAUCGCAGCAUCGGAGGGAGAGAUGCCGACAUCCGACAAUGAAGAUUCCGAACUCCCCCCCCCGGGGGGUAGAGCUCAGGAGGAAGCAGAAGUCGAGAUGUCGGUCAUGCUAACCCGGGCUGCCGCCAGCAUUGGGCUGCAAUGUACGCCAUUGCCUCUACCCCAACGCUCGCGGUUGGAUACUUGGUUCCUGGGGUCGGAACGUGGUGUCAAGCCACACCCACCCCCGGUUCCAUUUUUCCCGGAGGUGCAUGAAGAGCUGUGUCGGACCUGGAGCGCCCCUCUCACGGCUCGUUCCUCGCAGACCAGCUCCGCCUCCCUCACCUCCCUCGAUGGUGGGGCAGCCAGGGGCUACGUCGAAGUCCCCCAGGUGGAGCGUGCCAUUGCUGUGCACCUAUGCCCGCAAGCGGCUGCCACCUGGAGGACCCGACCUCGUCUCCCGUCCAAAGCCUUACGCUUUCUCGACGCACCCAUCUCGCAGGGUGGGCUGUUCGGGGACACCGUCGAGAGCUUCGCACAGCAGUUCUCGGCGGUCAAGGAGCAGACUGAGGCGAUAAGCCACAUUCUACCGCGCCGUGAAUCGACGGCCCCCCGGCCUUCGACUUCCCGCGCACCUCCUGCUCCCCGACAGCCCAGGGCCUCUUCGAACCCGACACCGGUUAAGGCGCACCCCCAGGCUGCACCCCGGAAGAGGACUCCGAAGGCUAGGCCCCCUCCUCGCCAGCAGCCAUCCAGGAAGCGCCCCUGA